UAUCGUUUUGUUUAUGUUACUUAUAUUUUUUGUUUAAUUUGUUCAUUGUCCGGACAAAAUGACUCUCGAUUUGGAUGCGACUAAGAAAGAUGACAAGUUGCUGAUCACUACCAUACAGCAGGAGUAUAAAAUUCUGGCCGAAUACAAAAUGAUUGAGUCUGAGAAGUUAAGUGGCAUAUAUGUGAUACCCAGUUAUGUUAACUCCUUGCAGUGGUUCGGAGUCUUCUUUGGGCGACAGGGCUUGUAUAUGGAAAGUGUUUUUCGGUUCACAAUUUUGCUCCCAGAUCGUUUUCCCGACGACAAAAGCCUUCCGACCAUAAUAUUCCAGCAAGAUGUGAUUCAUCCCCAUGUGUGUCCGUACACCCACAGUUUGGACGUGAGUCACGCCUUCCCGGAGUGGCGCUGUGGAGAGGAUCAUCUUUGGCAGCUUUUAAAGUACCUGCAAGCCAUUUUCUCCGAUCCCUUGGACAGUAUUCGGGGCAUUGAAGUAGAUAAACUCAAAAACAGCGAGGCUGCAGAGCUGCUGAUUACGAACAAGGAGGAGUAUAUGGCUCGCGUACAGAAAAAUAUCAAGGAGAGCAAGGACCACAUAUUCGACACCCCGCCCACUGAAGAUCCGCACUAUAUAGUAUUCGAGAAGUUUCAGCAGGACGUGCACGGGCCCGUUCUGGAGCGCAUCAAGGCAGGGAGAAGCAAGCAAACGGAGCCUUCGGUGCAACAGGCAAAUGGUGGACAUGCAACUGGUCUAUCAUGGGUGAAGGAGGGCGAGUUUAAGCCCCUUAGCAUUGAGUAAAAGCAAUAUACAUAUACUCUGUAAGUUAUAACCUAUCGUUGUCUCAAUUUUAAUCGAUUAAAGUUAUACAAUUA